GGAAGGGAGAAUAAGCGCAGCUGGGAGAAACAGUAGAGGGGAGAGAGAAAAAAGAAAACUCGUUUGAUCCUGUGGUUGUGACGUCAUCCGGAGCGGCUCGGGCUCGGGAGCGCGCACAAACUCAGCAUCAGCAUCCGGCAGAAUAGCGGCGGCUGAUGGGCGCAAAGGCGCGCGACCUCUCCAGAGCGGCAUUACGCGGAUACCAAGCGCCGGGAAGGAAACCGGAAUAACAAUGAAUUACGCAGUGACUUUCCUGCUUGUUCUUGCUAUGGGGAUUUGCGGGGAGAAUCUUGAAGGGCCAACAGCAGGUUGCACGUUUGAGGAGGAUUCGAACACCGACCUGUGCGAGUACGGACAAGAACAGGAGGAUGACUUUGACUGGCAGUUGGUGCGAACCUCCAGCUGGCCCUCAGUGCCCUCUGACCUCACAUGGGGUUCCUAUAUGUUGGUGAAUUCUUCUCAGCGCAGAGCAGGCCAGCGAGCUCAGCUGUUGCUGCAUACUCUGAGUGAAAACGACACCCACUGCGUGCAGUUCAGCUACUUCCUGUACAGCCGUGAUGGACACAGUCCAGGCAGGCUCAGUGUCUAUGUACAGGUGAACGGCGGACCACAUGGAAACACGGUUUGGAACAUUUCCGGAUCGCAGGGUUUCCAAUGGCACCAGGUGGAACUGGCAGUCAGCACUUUCUGGCCCAGCGAGUACCAGAUCAUAUUUGAAGCUACGGUCUCUGAUGAGGAGAGAGGCUACAUCGGCCUGGAUGACAUCGUCCUGCUAAACUAUCCCUGCUAUAAAGUGCCACACUUCACCAGGCUCGGGGACGUGGAGGUGAACGCAGGGCAGAACGCCACCUUUCAGUGUGUGGCAAAUGGACGUGCAUCCAAACUGGAUCCCUUCACCAUGGAGAGGCAUAAUGGGCUCCUAAUGGUCCCCUAUUCACUCACAUCAUCAGUCGGUGAGCGUCGUUUGGCUGCAUGGUUUCAGAUAGAUGGAGCGCAGCGGACCGAGCAGGAUCUUUAUCGCUGUAUCACACAAUCUUCCUAUGGAGCUGCUGUAUCCAACUUUGCUGAGCUCAUUGUCAGAGUCCCACCCACUCCGAUAGCUCCACCACAACUGCUGCGCUCAGGCUCCACCUACCUGAUCAUUCAGCUCAACACAAACUCUAUAGUGGGAGACGGGCCGGUGAUCCGUCGGGAGAUAGUGUACAGGGCGAGCCAUUCUCCAUGGUCAGAGACUCACGGCGUCAACUCUCUCACUUAUAAAGUCUGGCAUCUGGAACCAGACACUGAAUACCGUAUCAGCGUUCUCCUCACACGACCUGGAGAGGGAGGAACCGGACCACCUGGACCACCUUUGGUCAGCAGAACUAAGUGUGCUGAGCCCAUGCGUCCCCUCCGUGGUCUCUCUGCGUCUGAGAUCCAGUCCCGCCAGUUGGUGCUGCAGUGGGAACCCCUGGGUUAUAACCUGACCCGAUGCCACACCUACUCCCUGUCUCUGUGCUACCGUUACUACACCGCGACAGGAAACGGGGCCGUCACUAAUAAUGCCACCGUCAGAGAGUGUCUGUCCAUGGACAGGAACAUGUCUCGCUUCACACUGCGAGACCUGCCACCGUUCCGUCCUGUACACAUCCGCCUCGCUCUGGCCAACCCCGAGGGCAAGAAGGAGAGCCGAGAGGUCACGUUUCAGACGGAGGAGGACAUUCCAGGAGGUAUAGCACCCGAGUCUCUGACCUUAACCCCACUAGACGAUAUGAUCUUUCUGAAGUGGGAGGAGCCUGUGGAGCCUAAUGGUCUGAUCACACAGUAUGAGAUCAGCUACCAGAGCAUCGAAUCCUUCGAUCCCAGCGUGAAUGUGCCUGGUCCACGCCGUACCGUCUCCAAGCUGAAGAAUGAGACAUACCACAUGUUCUCAGGCCUUCAACCUGGAACAACAUACCUGGUGUCUGUACGCGCCCGCACUGCCAAGGGCUUUGGCCAGACCACCUUAACCGAGAUCACCACAAACAUCUCAGCUCCAGCGUUUGAUUACGACGACAUCCCCUCUCCUUUAAGUGAGUCUGAGAGCACCAUCACAGUGCUGCUGCGUCCUGCUCUGGCCCGAGGAGCUCCUGUCAGCGCCUACCACGUGGUGGUGGUGGAGGAAGACGGCUCACGGCAGGUGAAAAGAAGAGAAGUUGGGCAUCACGACUGCUUUCCUUCGCCCUCGUCUCAGGGAGAGACUCAGGGCAAAGGUGUAGGUGUUCCUCCUCACUACUACACGGCCGAGCUUCCUCCCAGCAGCCUUCUCACCUCCACGCCGUUCACCGUGGGGGACAACCACACCUACAACGGCUACUGGAACUCUCCGCUGGACCCGAGCAGGAGCUACCUCAUCUAUUUACAGGCGGCGAGUAACUUCAGAGGGGAGACCCGAAUCAACUGCGUUCGUAUCGCACGAAAAGCUGCAUGUAAGGAUCAUAAGCAUGCUCUGGAGAUUUCCCAGAAUUCUGAGGACAUGGGGUUGAUACUUGGGGCUUCCGCUGGAGGACUAGUGGUCUUUGUCCUUUUGCUGGGAGCCAUUGUAAUCAUUGUGAAGAAAGGAAGGGACGUCUAUUUUUAUCCUUAUAACCCGAGAAAGAAAGUGAACAUGAACAAAGCAGCCAUGCCGUAUCGGCAAGAGAAGAAACAAAGGCUGGGUUCUCUGGAUUGCAGCACGGCCGAACAAGGCACUCUGCCGCAGGACGACCGGACCACACACACCUUCAUGGACGUGCAUAGCUGCAAUGCCAGAACUGAUCAGCGCAGCUCCGUGAACGAGUCGAGCAGCCUGCUGGGAGGUUCUCCACGACGCCACUGCUGCAGGAAGAACUCUCCGUACCACACAGGCCAGCUGCAUCCAGCUGUUCGUGUAGCUGACCUACUGCAGCACAUCAAUCAAAUGAAGAAUUCAGAGUGUUAUGGUUUCAAGCAGGAAUAUGAGAGUUUCUUUGAUGGAUGGGACAUCACUAAAAGGAAAGAUAAGACCAAAGGCAGACAUGAUACCCUUCUGGCCCAUGAUCGUCAUCAUGUGAAAAUGCACUCUCUCUUGGCUGAUCCUAACUCUGAUUAUGUCAAUGCCAACUAUAUUGAUAUUCGGAUAAACAGGGAAGGAUACCAACGCUCCAACCAUUUCAUCGCCACUCAAGGACCCAAGCAGGACAUGAUCUAUGAUUUCUGGCGGAUGGUCUGGCAGGAGAACUGCUACAGCAUUGUGAUGAUCACCAAACUGGUGGAGGUGGGACGAGUGAAAUGCUGCAAGUAUUGGCCCGAUGACAGCGAGGUAUAUGGAGACAUUAAGAUCACGCUGCUGAAGACUGAAACACUGGCUGAAUACACAGUGCGAACCUUCAGCAUGGAACGGCGCGGUUACCCGGCCAAACAUGAGGUGUGUCAGUUCCAUUUCACGUCAUGGCCAGAACACGGAGUGCCGUAUCACGCCACGGGCUUGUUGGCCUUCCUGAGACGUGUCAAAGCCUCGACACCUCCUGACACUGGACCUGUGGUUGUCCACUGCAGUAUGGGUGCUGGGCGGACGGGGUGCUACAUUGUUCUGGAUGUAAUGCUGGACAUGGCGGAGUGUGAGGGAGUGGUGGAUAUCUACAACUGCGUCAAGACGCUCUGCUCACGGCGUAUAAACAUGAUUCAGACUGAGGAGCAGUAUGUGUUUAUUCAUGACGCCAUCCUGGAGGCGUGUCUGUGCGGCGAGACGGCCAUCCCAGUCAGCGAGUUCGCUCUCACGUACAAAGACAUACUGAGGGUGGACACUCAGAGCAACACGUCUCAGCUCAAAGAGGAGUUCCAGACGCUGAACUCUGUGACGCCUCACUUGGAUGUAGAGGAGUGCAGCGUGUCCCUACUGCCCAGGAACCGAGAGAAGAACAGGAGCAUGGAUGUUCUGCCUCCUGACCGAGCCCUGGCCUUCCUCGUGACCACAGAGGUGGACGGCAGCGACUACAUCAACGCGGCACUGAUGGACAGUUUCCUUCGGCCGGCCGCCUUCGUGGUGACACCUCACCCGCUUCCCAACACAACCACAGAUUUCUGGAGGCUGGUGUUCGAUUACGGCUGCACCUCCAUCGUCAUGCUCAACCAGAUCAACCAGUCCAACUCUGCCUGGCCUUGUCUGCAAUACUGGCCUGAGACGGGAAUGCAGCAGUUCGGACCCAUGACGGUGGAGUUGCUCUCCAGGUCCACAGAUGAUGACGUGAUCACCCGGCUGUUCCGGGUCAGUAACAUCACACGGCUGCAGGAGGGUCACCUGGUGGUGCGUCACUUCCAGUUCCUGCGCUGGUCAGCUUACCGGGAUAUCCCAGACUCCAAAAAAGCCUUUCUCACGCUGCUGGCCCAAGUGCACAAGUGGCAGAGGGAGUGUGGUGAUGGACGUAUUGUAGUUCACUGCCUGAACGGAGGUGGACGCAGUGGCAUGUUCUGUGCUUGCACCAUGAUUAUGGAGAUGAUUGGGCACCACAGCAUGGUGGAUGUCUUCUACGCUGUCAAGACUCUCCGUAACUCCAAGACUAACAUGGUGGAGACUUUGGAGCAGUACCGGUUCUGUUAUGACAUGGCUUUGGAGUACCUGGACUGUCUGGAGGUCAGAUAACAGCUAAGCUAAUGCCCUGAAGAACCGCUGAAAGAGCAAGCGAGCCUUUCUGAGACCUUUAACAUCUUUUUCUUUUCCUGUACUGGUCUUUCAGACCUGGAUGGAUGAACUUUUCACCUCUUUUUUUUUUCCUGUGGUGAAACCCAGGCAGAGAUCCAGGCGUGGGAGUCACGAUCCUUUCACCUUUGUAAAAUAAUUGUUUUGUUUCAUCAGGCAAAAAAAACAAAAACAUAUACAGACUCUUCCAGGAAAUGACAUUUCCAAUAGCCUACAAGGUAACAGUUAAUUUCCUGGUCAAACUUUAUCUGGUCUGCUUUGAUUUUCAUUCCUGGAGCUCAGCCGAUCUCUGCCUUAUUAACUGAGCACGACGAACACAUCGUAUUCUAAUCCUGCCGACAGAACGGCACGACUGGAGUCACAAAAAACAUAUAUGUAGAGUGGAAGUGAUCAUAUUUUGUGCACAUGGCGAUAAGCAAAGUGCUGCUUUUCAGAAAGAACAGCCUGAAAGAACUGUAAGUAUGUAAUGUGCUGGAAAUGUGAUUAUACACCUGAUUUCUUUGUUUUUUUUAUGAGAAAUGUGGGAUCGGUUGUUGAGUCGAUCAGCGGGCAGUCCAGAAAGCGAUGCGAAUGUCAGGAGGUCUUGAGUUAAUUUAUUGAUUUGUGUAAAUAACAUGACGUAUUUUGCAGAUCCGUUUCUUAAUGUUGUCUCUGACAUGCCAGUGCAUUCGUUUUCCUGUGGCUGUGUAUUAAAACGAGGAGCGCUCAUGCAUCAGCAUGCCUGUCGUACUGUCCGUGUCCCUUCCCUCAGAUACGUCUCUAUUGGCCAUCGUGUGCAGGAUCUUUGCUUUGAUCAGGACCAGUGUAAAAAACAUUCAUGAAGAGAAGUCAGAAUGCUGUUGUGGGGGGAGAGGAGGUGAGAGAGGGAAUCAUCAGAAGAGAUGCUUUUUAAAUUUCUAUUUAUUCGUUGUGUUUUCUUUCCUGAAUAAUAUUCAUUAUGAAGAAAUAAAAUAUUAUGAUGUUG